GAUAACGUACGCUUGAAUAAUUAUUACCUUAGUGACAAUUAUCAUUAUGGGUCCUAAUCCUAAACGAAUGAUAUUUUUGGUUCUAUUACUGAACCUGGCAUUAAAUGUUGUGGGUGUCCCAAAUGUUAUACCAGAAUAUGUGUAUGAGUUUGGUAAAAAAGGCGGAGACAAAAUAUUCAAUAGCCAUAGCUGGAUUGGGUGGCUUCGAUUUGAUACAGAAGUCACUAUACCUUGCCCACCAGAUACUCAAGUAAGCUACGUCAAGGUGACUGUGAAGGCGAUCAACCCCCCAAAAGUGGACUACAAUGAAGAAACCAGAACCGUCAGUAUAAAAUACUCGUACGUCGAGUUUUCUGGAAGCACGUACAGAAUUUAUGCUGAAGGUAUAAAACUAUAUAAAGACACGUAGGUGGUUUUCUUCAUUAUUAAAGAUGAUUUUUAACGUGUUUUAUUGUAUCUAAAAAUGUCUGAUUUGUUUCUGUCAGCAAUAAAUUAGAAGUAAAA